AUGAAGGACAGAUUCUACGUAUGUACUGCUUGCCUGCGCCGCAACUUCUCAACGACGCUAUCUCGCCGACACAUCUCCUCAUCUCCUGCACCACCUCCCCCUUCGAAUGCGCAAAAGCUCCAGCUCCGCGACCUAUCACCAUCCGACCUCUCGUACUACUGGGACACCAGAGUCCCGAACCAAGCUCAGCUUUCCUACGCCGACAAGUUCUUCACCCCGUCGCGACACUCCCCUGUCAAAAUAUGGUCCGCCAGCAAGUUCCGCACGACUCCUCUCUCGUCGCCGGAACCUGAGGUGGCUUUCCUCGGGCGCUCUAACGUCGGGAAGAGCUCGCUCCUCAACGCCAUAAUGGGGAAAGAAAUAUGUUGGACGUCGUCGAAACCGGGACGCACGAGGGAGAUGAACGCCUUCGGGAUUGGGGGGACGAAAGGCGGCGAGUCGAAAAUCGUCCUCCUGGAUAUGCCGGGGUAUGGAAAAGCGAGUAGGGCGGAAUGGGGCAUUGAGAUCCUGAAAUAUCUCCAGGGGCGACGGCAACUCCGGCGCGCAUUCGUCCUCAUCGACAGUCUGCACGGCAUCAAGAAGAAAGACAAGGACAUCCUCAAGCUCUUCCGGCAGUACGCCAUCCCCCAUCAAAUCAUCCUCUCCAAAGUCGACAAGGUCCUCGCAAAGAAGAAAAGCCAAGUCAAGAGCGGCGCAUCCGCCGCCAACGUGGCCGCGCUGAGAAGCAUGCUCGAGGAUCUCAGACCAGUAAUCCAGCCAGAUGGCCGAGUAGAGGGCCCAGGUGCGCUGGGCGAGAUCCUCACCUGCGGUGCAGAGACGCCCACGGGCCCGGGUCAGUUCCUGGGCAUCAGUGCCAUCCGAUGGGCCAUUCUCUCCGCUGCUGGGUUCGACGGCGGUGUUGAGGUAAAGCCUGAAUCUAUCCCUUCUGAAUCAACGGAGGCCACUACGUCAGCGGCGCCGCCAUGA